AUGUAUGAAGAUGCAUUCAUCAUCCGGGUUAUUGACAGCUUCGCUGGCAGUCACCCUAAUGGAACUGUGGUAAGGUAGUUGGCUCAGAGCUAGCCUGAAAGAGGCUCAGUUAGCAGCAGGCUAUCCUAGCCUAACGGACAUUGAGUUAGCCGAUUCAGAGAACUAGCCUAACAGAGGGUGAGUUAGCAUGAUAAAAGAGGUUGAUUUAGCAGAAGGCUAAUAGGGGAAAGGGGGAUACCUAGUCAGUCGCACAACUGAAUGCAUUCAACCAAAAUGUGUCUUCCGCAUUUAACCCAACCCCUCUGAAUUCGAGAGGUGUGGGCGGGCUGCCUUAAUCAACGUCCAUGUCAUCGGCACUGGGGAUCAGUUGUUGGGGGUUAACUGCCUUGCUCAAGGGCAGAAAGACAGAUUUUUCCACCUUGCUGGCUCUGGGAUUCGAACCAGUGACCCUUUUGGUUACUGGGCCAACGCUCUUAACCACCAGGGUACCUGCCGCCAUUCAAAAGUAGCUUAUCAAGGUAGCUUCUAGAGGUUGAGUUAGCAGCAGGCUCAGAGACCUAGCCUAACUGAGCACUAGGUCAAACACCUCCCCCUUUUCUCUCUCUCUCUCCAUCAAGCCUCAGAUUGUUCCCCUGAUCUUUCUUCAGAAGUUCUUGGAGCUAACCCUGCAUAAUGAGGGUUAGGAGCGAUGGGCGUUUCUCUAUUUUAUUCUCUCUCUCUUUUGAGUGAGGGCUGUCGACAGCACCCCUUCCAAAGCUGUCAUCUCACCAUGCUCGCGAACAACCAAGUGUUGGAACAAGUUGCCUUCUGUAAUAACUUGGAAACCCUGCCAGUUUCUCAUCUCAAAAUAAGCAGUAAUGAAUUUAAUUAGAAAGCUGUUGCAUAUCUCUGUGAUACAUUUCUUUUAAUUAACCCCAUGUGAAUAAAUUAAAAAUAAUAGGGGGUGAAAGUGUGGAAAAAAACACCCUAAUGAAGUUAUCCGUUAAUUGGGAUUGUUUCUGCAGGCAAACCACAGUGAGUUAUGGCCACCAGGAGCUAACAAAUCGUGCUGUAAGCAUCCCUGCCUCCACAGAAAAGGGCCCAUGCUAACUUCAAGUGUAAGAAAUACACCUCUGACGUGAUGGAAAUGACUGGCGGCCUGGAGAAAAGGCAGCCCUGUUCCAGGCCACUCUGCUGAGACGCCCCACACCGCGCUUGAAGCCGGGCCAGUGUUAUUGCAGCCCUAAUGCGGUCGCCUCAUUUGGAGCGGAUCAGGAGUAAUUAUGGUGGGGAAAGUGGCUGCCGACCACGGGGGUCAGGACACUUGUAACAUGUGAAAAGAGCAAUUAUUUCAGGAGACAAAACUCUCCCUUAUCCCAGUGCAGGGCCAGGGUCAAUGCAAGGGACGGCUGGGCUCCGUUUCACCGGGGCUUAUUAGCCGCAGCAAGCUGCAAAGUUUGCCAGAGUGCAUCUCGUUAAUGAACAGACCCCUCAUCGGCACCAGGCCCUGCUCUACCCCACUUACUGGGGGUGUUAAUUAUGUCAUUCUCAGAGCAUGCAAGCCCAGCAAGCACUUCUCACAGACCCAAGCAUUCAUAACACAACCGCCUGGAAAAGAGGCUGUACUAUACUGUAAGAGAUCACACCCAGACAGAACCCACAGGACUAGUCUAAAACAUGCUGAACAUAAAAUAAGGUAUGAUUGACUGCAUGGGCCUGUGAACGACUACCGCAUGUCGUUGUUUUCUGUCUUGGAGCGAUAUGCUCCAACUGCGGAGGGUAAUAUGAAUCAUACAAAGAACAGAGCAGGCUUGAUUAUGCUUAUCAUUUUGAAUGCACUCAUUUGUCUGCUUUCAGCUGGCCUAUAUUCCAGCUGAUAUUAUGACCAGAUGUCUUGUGUUUUGUCUUGGCAAUAGAGGAGAAUGGGUGUCUACAGGCUCAAUUACAGUAAUGAUGUGAACUGAUUGAAAGGGGCUGAUUCAUGCAGACAAUGGCAGGACAUCUGCCUGAGAUCCCCAUUAACCUCUGUGGCGGCUGCCUCGGCCCUGUCUGGGACAACAUUCUACUCUGGAUUGCCAUGGCCACAGCGUUUUUACAGUGAGAGCGGGAACACAAAAGCCUGGGUUUACAGCUCCAGCCUCUUCCAAGCCACUGCAGUAUUCACCGAAAAUUCAACUUGAGCAACGCCACCACUGGCUAAGGAGCUCAAAUGGUUAGGCUACACCAACAGGACUGCAAAUUGCUUUUACCAACCCAGAAUCUAGGAGUUCAUUUUUCCCACUCUCAACAUAGUAGAAAGAAAUACUUAAUAAUAAACAUUAGAUUAUAAUUACUGAAUUUAAAUGCUGUCCAAGAGAGCAUGGUUAAUUUUCCCAUACAGAGUUGAUCUGUUGGAGAUGGGCUUUUAGAAACAAUCAUAUCCUUAUUGGGAAAUGCUUAAACAGGAAUCAGUGUAUAGAUUCAUAGUGCCUGAUUUAAUGUGUGUCUGUCUGAUGUCUUCUGCAGGAGUCAGUGAGUCACAGAGAUGAUGAACACAGUUGUUUCAGUUGAAUGCAGUUGUUAGUAAUGUAGCAUGUAAUUUCUCGGGGCAUCUCUCAGCAUCUGUCAUUGCGGUUACCAGUCUCUUAUUUACUGCAGUGAGCUGAGAGCAGUAAUUAUACGGGCUCCAGCGAUGAGGUCCACUCAACCUAGCCUCCCCCCAGAGGCAAGACGCUGUCUGAGUGAUGCUAUUCAAUCCCCUUCCCUCUGCAGGAACCUAGGGAGCCUGUGUUACAUCAAGGUGUCACCCACCUAAUUGAUCAAAUGUAUUUAAUUCCAGAGAGUGACCCCGCCCUCCGGGUGGUGUACUGUAAGGUACGCAGCACAUUUCUAUUCAGACGUGUGCUUAUUUAACAGAUUAGCGUGCAACCACACGUAUGAUAUGAGAAGGAGAAAAGGGGAUCGGAGGGCAAAUCAUCCCCUCUUUCUCUCUCUCCAUCACUCCUUGUCUAAUCUGAGUAUGUGCCAUGCAGAUGUGAAAAUUGCAUUUCAAUGCUUUAAAACAUUUCCUCGAGUGCACCAAACAGCUUAUUUUCCUUUUAAAACCUUAAAUACAUCAAAAGGGUUACCACAUAGAUUUUAUUUUUAGAUAGCGGUAAAAACUGAUCUUGAAAUGGGCUUACAUAGCAUCCGAUUUCUAUCUCUAUAAUGGGAAGUACAUGGUCUGACAGUUUCAAUGAAGAAAAAAAACAGAACUGUACAUAUUCUUAAGAGAUAAGGUCUUUAAAAAAGAAGAGGGGUGAAAAAAGACCAAGAUGACAGCCCUUACACCAAGUAUGAAUGGCAAAUUAAUUUAUUUCUCAGGGAAAAUAUUUGGCAAGGCGAGCGCUCCCUCUUUAAAAGAAAAAAAAAAGGCAUCACCUGUUGGAAUAUGAAUCAUGAUCUAGCGAGGUAUGUUCUUUUGUGACACCAAAUGACACGGGAAGGUCAGUGGCACUUGUAUCUGUUUAAUGGAUUGGAUUAAGUGGAGGCUGCCUCUUCGGCUGCUGCCGUUUCCUUUUAUAAUGUAACUUUUUGUUCUCGGAGAGGCGGCAGGCUGGGGAGGCGCUGUUCCACUCAGGGAUUUCACAUGGUACAAAGUAUGGUGACAGGUGCAAAAAAACAAUUCUCCUGGUAUUAAGGAAGGUGACUUCACAUUUGCUUUAUACAAUCAUUUAUUCUGUCACUACUCUUUGUUUAGGAAAUGCUACAUGCAGUGUAGCUACUACUGGAGAUUUCUCUAAGGCAAUUUUCCACAGGCUGUUUUGGUAGAUGACAUCAAGCGUGUGUUUCUUCCCUGAGACAGCAGGAUCUGUGCAGUAAGCAUCCUGGCUUCCUCAUGUAUCUGAGACUUUUCCUCUGUUCAGGCAGCUCUCUCAGGCCCAUAGAGGGAGUACUGUGUACAUGGUGGUGGGGAGGAGUGUCAGACUCACUGCAGUUUCAAAUCUGGGUUAGGGAAUACAACAUUGCCACAUUCAUGAUGUUUAGGAUGUCUCUCGCUCUCUCUCAACAUAGGGAGAGCUCCAAAGAGGCCGGAACAGGGGACAUGCUGUACAGUCAUUCCAUAGAAAGGGUUAAACCCCCUCCUUUGCAGAGUUGAUGUAAAACACACACGUUAUGUAACAGGGUGGGUAGUUGGUAUGUGGGGGGCGGUGGUCCAAACCAAUUACGAGUGGUUCUCUGGAGGUGGGGAACGACCUUUGUGUAUAAUUAGUCAUCUUAUUUAAAGCAAAGAUUUUGAGUAGAAUAACUAAUUAGCUGUCAUAAAAGGCAAAUGAAAGAUCUUUGUGUGAUCCCUGAGGGAAUUGAGGAAACCUGAUUGUUUUGCUAUGCGCAUGCACAAACCACACACACACACACACACACACACACAGCACUCUCUCUCUCCUCAUUAAGACUGUUUUUAGUUGUGUGGAAGGCUGACAGGCGAGCACUGUUGGCAUACCUGCAGAGAGCUCCUCUAACAAGCCAUGAAAUGCAGGUAGAACAGACCACCCUUAGCUAGUGUGGCUUCAAUUUGAAGCUUUUUACCUUCAUUUACACUGAACAUUGGUAUUUAUAGCGGGUUUUGUGAUCCUAAUGCACCAGCUUCAAGGGGCCCGUUUUGAGGAGGGAGGAGGUGAGGGAGCUGGAGGGUAGGCAGAACACUAAUUGAUGGUUCCCAUCACCAGCGCUGGACCAAUUAGCCUCCCCUUUCCACUUGUGUUAAAGAAAUAGGACGAAGGCUGAAUACCACCAGCGCUCUUAUUCACAUACAAACCAAAGCCAUCAAUUUAACUAACAAGCUCUCCCUUUCCCUUAUUUUAAAAGGGAAGAUGCUAAUUAUAUUACAUUCACAGUAUUACUGAUGGUCAGAAAUUGCUGAACAAAUCUGGAUCCAAUAAGGUGUGUGUGUGUGUGUGUGUGUGUGUGUGUGUGUGUGUGUGUGUGUGUGUGUGAAAGAGGGAGACAGGAAAAUGUGCUUAGGUAUUCAGACAAACAAAGUACUUUGUGACAAAGUGCUAUGAGGUUUUAGUGCGGGGGAAAACCCACAUGCUCAGAGAGGAGAAACGGGGGCAUUGGGUGAUACACUGCCUAGCUACCAGCAGAGGCUCUGUUUAUCAUGGAAAUAACUACUAUGGUUCCAGUCAAACUACAGGGUUGCUGCCCAACACCACUGACAUCCAAACACAACCCCAUACAACUACAGAGGACAGAGCGGUACUCUCCUGUAACGGCCAUCAUCUCGCUCAGUCAUAUAUGCUGUAGGUCAAUAGCAACUGCCUUUACUAGAACACAACACCUCAACAACAGAUCACCUCAGAGGAUAAAGACAAAACAUCUAGAAAAUGUACUGAAGUUGCUACAGGGGGGAAAAAGCUAUGAAAUUCAAAGAAAGCCUCCCGGCAUACCAUGUCUUUAAACCAUCGGGCUUUUGCCGUUUUAUAGGCACCCACAUACAAAGCGAUGGCCGUCCUCCCUCCCUGUGACGCAGCCCAAGUCCGUUUUUUGAGAGAAAUGUGUUUUGAAAGCAGAGAGGCGAGCGGUGGCCGCCGUGUGUUCUAUUAGACAGAUCAAUAGCUCAGUGUGUGAGAGAGUGUCUUAAGAGCUGUUGUCCUGUGCUUUCAGCUGUGGCAGACCUGUUAGUGCUACGGAGGGGUGCCGCCUGCCACUGCCUCUGUACCAGCAGUGGCCUGAGGGGGGCUUUUAGUCCAAACACAAAUGUCAACCACACAUAGACUAUUAGUGUUUAGUGCAGUUAUUAAAUUGACUUUAUUUGUCCUUUAGGAGGCUAAAAGGCACACUUAAAGGGGACCUGCGUGACAGCGGGGCAAUUUGCGGGUUUGGUUACUCAGGUUCGCUCGUUGCUGACACGAGUACAGAUAAGUGUAAAAGAAGGAAAGGCUGUAAUGCAGCGAGCGAGCGUGGUGUGUGUGUGUGUGUCUGUGUGAGUGCACGCUGAGAGGCACUUAGGCCAUAACAUAUCUCACUGGGGUCUGCGAGCAGCGUUCUUGUGGUCAGAGGCGUUUUAAAAGGUUAAUGUUAAUCUAUACCAAACAAAGCCCAUGAGAAGCUUUUACAGCUGUGGACAGUUCAGACCAAUGAGCGCUGAUGAAAUGGUAGGUGACUAACAUAAUAUACAGCAUGCUGUAAAUACCACGGUAAGCAACAUGAGGCCUGUCUGUGACUCUGUUACCAGUACAGCUUCAAAAAACAGUAGGCCUGCCUACGUAGUAUGUCCCUCUUGCAUUGUAUGUGAUUUACCCAGUUCCAAUGGGAGCAGCAAGUGGAGUGAAUGUAGUCCAAUGUGACCUGUGUGAUUGUUCAUGCAUAUGAAGCAGAGAGGCAGUGCACUGUGGCCCUCCUCUCUCUCGUUAGGCUCCGCCGCCUCCAGAUGCUGCAGCAGCAGCCUUAUCAAAAAGAGAACAUGAAAAGUCACUGGUGUUCCUGGGCAGUGAAUCACGCCGCGCCGUUUGUCUCCUUAUCGCUACAGGUGUGCCGAUGCUCUCCGUCCAGCCCAAAGGGAAACAGAAGGGGUGCGCUGGCUGCAAUCGCAAGAUUAAAGACCGCUACCUGCUCAAGGCCCUGGACAAAUACUGGCACGAGGACUGUCUGAAAUGUGCAUGCUGCGACUGUCGCCUGGGGGAGGUGGGCUCCACCCUCUACACGAAAGCCAACCUCAUCCUCUGUCGCAGGGACUACCUGAGGUAAGAGAUGCCACAGUCAGUCGCCCCUCUCACAGAACAGAAAGGCCGCGCCCCACCCAGGGCUGUGUCAUUAAAAAGUGCUCUCUCUCUCUCUCACUACCGCUAGCGUAGAGCCACCAUGAAUGUCUAUGAACCUGCCUCUCACUAGAGCUCUCCAUUUGGGUCCAUUUGUAUGUGAACCAGUGUUUUUUUUUCUCAAGCUUUUAGAAGACAUUUCCUCCCAGGCUGUUUUGGUAGAUCAAGCGCCUGUUUGUUCCUCAUUACAGGAUAUCGAUGCUGACUAGAUGUGUGUCAAUUAAGCCUGAAUCCCAUUAUGCUCAUGUGCUGACUCUCCCCAGGCUCUUGAUCUUAAGCCUUGGGAAGGCAGAGCGGAAAGUUUCCAGUUCCACGUUUUAGCUCUUUUUCUGUUUCAAUUUUUUUGUUGCUUGUUUACAUGAACACAGCACUCUCCCCUCGCGGUAAAGACCUGGUUUCAAUAACAGUAAAGCUGGGUCAUGUUGUGUUAUGGGAAGACUCCAGGCAGGCUAAUGUCAACCGCAGUGUCUGUGGCUCAAUGUUUUCCCCCUGUACCUCCCCUGCCAUCUGCUUGCUAAAUUAAACAUGAUCAUUUCCUGGGCGUUAAGUCUCAUUCCCUGGGGCUUCCGAAUAAGAUCCUACCAUUUAUCCCUGAGACCAUCCCCUGGGGACCAGCCUAGAGACCUUGCUGCCCCUGGCCUCUCCCUGUCUCUCGCCUCCCUCUCCCGCCGUGCCCUACCAACAGGUCCCAACCGAAAGGGGCUUAGGGGCCGGGCGUUGAGAGGAGCCAUUACCAUCCAUCAGCUCCCACCCAGAGUUAAUGCUGUUAAGAUGCAGUGAGAGGUUCACUAAGACUGCUGCUGCCCCUGGAAGGGGCAGAUGGUGCAGAUGAGGUCAUCAUAAACGGAGCAAAUGACAAGAGAAGGCAAAAAUUAUUAGGCCCAGAGUGGCGCUUUUGACAUGGUUAAAUAUGAUCCCCUGAAAGGGCCGGCUUCUCCCUCCCUCCAUCUGAUUGAUUUCUCCUCCCAUUAUGAAGGCCUUAUCGUGGACAUCAGCUCCCUGAUGAAAAUGUGUUCCUAUGGCGCAGGCCAGAAGGUGCUAACUGGCCUGACAGGCAACUCUGCAGAAAGCAAACUCAAAGCAAGACUAGGGCAGAGAGGUGAAGAGGGAAGAAAAUGAGGGGCAGAGGGGGCUAGUGUGAGCGGGAGAAAGCAAGGGAGAGAGACGUAGAGUAAGAGAGAGGAGGGGGAGAGAGAUGGGCUUUCUGUGUUUCUGCCUGGGCCCUGAUGGCCUAAUGAAAUCCAGCCCACUCGUCUGCUCUUCAGCCUGAGACAAAUGCAUGCCACUUAAUGACUGGAGAUGUUUGAGAUUAAUUCUAUUAUGGAACAAAUUAAAAACGUUCCCUUUCUCAGCAGUGAGAGAAGAGACCGUUUUAGAGCUUAGAGUUUUAAAGUAGGUGACGCAGGCUCCAUACGGCCUUGUAAUCCCCUCACAGAGCCCCCGUCCUGCACGGAGAGAGGAACGCUUCCCCUCACCUCCAUUAAUGAAUGGAAUCCUACUGUAUGGAGCUGCAGUUCAUUAGAGACAUGCAGCCAGGGUGGAUCAAACACUCUUUAUUUCCCUGGGUUUGGAGCCCUGCCAUGCGCACAUUAAUUAUGAUAGGAGCUCCGUCUGUGUUCGUCCUUCAGGAGCUCAGGAGCACCGGUAACAUCUUGUGCACCCCCCCCCACCCCCAUCCCCCUCAAAUUUCCCCUCCACCCCCUUCCCCCUGCUCUCCCCUGCCUGGCCCGCCAGCAGCGUCUUCUAAAACCUCGCAUCAGAAGUUUCUGAAUCCACUUGACAUUCUAUUCCCUCCGUUGGAAAAGGCUGGGUUGGUUUAUUAGCAGUUUUGCCACACUUUCAUUAUCACAGAGAACAAUAGAUUAAUUAGGUGUUUCAUUUUUGUCUGGGACUCAGGAUCUGGCGACCUAGCCAAAGAAGGUUGACAAGCCAGUCAUGCUUUUGAUCGCCCGGACACCAAGCCUGAAAUCGUUUUAUCUUCUAACUAUUGAAUAUUUUAGGGGGAACAUACUGUAUCAGUCAUCUACUUAUCAAAGUAGAGUGCUUUUAAUUGAAAUGUAAAACCACUUUUUUUCAAGCUAAUGGACAUUGUAACUUAUGCAGUACCGACGGCACUGCAAUGGAAGUAGAUAUUAAUAAGAUGUUUUGAUGACAGUUUAUCUGUGGAUGUAUUCUUGUAUGUCAAACUGCUCUGCCACCCACCAGAGAGAAAAAAUACCUAUAAGAAAACAGUUACUUUCCUCACAUAAAGUAGUUGAAUUUUCUGCCAACAUUUUAAAAUCUAUACAGGAAGCUUUAUCCCUUCAAAGACAGAACUGUUGAGGAAGGUCAAAACACGCCUUACAUGCAUUAAUACAGUAGCUCUCCUUUCUAUGAAAUCGGACAAACUGUACAUGGAGCGGUGAAUCUUAAAGAGCUUAGAGAACAGCGCAGAAGACAUGAAGUCUCCCGAGUGGUGCAGUGGUCUAAGGCACUGCAUCGCAGUGCUAGCUGUGCCACUAGAGAUCCUGGUUCGUAUCCAGGCUCUGUCAUAGCCGGCCGCGACCGGGAGACCCAUGGGGCGGUGCACAAUUGUCCCAGGGUAGGGGAGGGAAUGGCCGGCAGGGAAGUAGCUCAGUUGGUAGAGCAUGGCGUUUGCAAUGCCAGGGUUGUGGGUUCGAUUCCCACGGGGGGCCAGUAUGAUUUGUUUUAUUUUUUAUAUAAUGUAUGCACUCACUAACUGUAAGUCACUCUGGAUAAGAGCGUCUGCUAAAUGACUAAAAUGUAAAUGUAAAGAGCUCAAUCUCAAUGAAACAGUAGACAUGCAGAUGAUGCUGGCAUGCAGGGGGAGAGUUUGAAGUUAGCGAAGCAGCAAGCUCAAACAGCUAAAGAAAGCACACCUGUUUCUACAGAUCCACACUAAAUCACACAAUAACAGAAGGAGUGGAACAAUGGAGGAGAGCCACUUUAAUACCAGUUUAUUUUGUUUCAACCAGCCAACAUCAGUGGAGGAAAAUGACUUCCUGUAUAAACUAUUUUGUUUGUUAUUUUCUCUCUUAAAGCUGUGGUGUUUUUUCUCUCAAUCUUGGCAGUGAACAGUUUACGGCAGUGGUUCCCAACCUUUUUCGGUUACUGUACCACCAACUAAAUUUGACUCAGCUCGGAUUACCCCUGAUGUACCCCCCCCCAUGUGCAUUUGACCAGUAGGCCUAUGGUCUCAUUAGUCUUCUCAAGUACCCCCUAUGGAUGGGCCAAGUACCCCCAGGGGUCCUAGUACCACUAGUUGGGAACCACUGGUUUACGGCAUGCUAAAUCUGCCAUAUCUUUGGUCAUAUGCAUUUAUUUCUAUGGCAGUCUGUUGAAGAUCAAGUAAAAAAUGUCAGUUCAAUUAUUCUACAAGCACACACUGUAUGCUAUUUUCUUACUGUAUACAGUAUGGAUUGAAAUAGAUAUGCUGUGACAGGUCAUUUCACAACUCUAAGACAGAGAAUAUGAAAGUCCUUCAGCACCCUCACUGGAAAGUCCCACUAAACGACCUCACCAUGGUAAUGGCUGGUUUCACUUUAUCUUACAUUUAUACAGCUUCAAAAUCCAUCCCAUUGUGUCUCACAGUUUGUGGGUGACCUUCCAAAUGAGUAUUUGUAACCCUCUAAUCCACUUAAAUGAACCACUGAAGACUCUAUUUUAAGCUGGGCCCUUUCUGUGCUUCAAACCCUGCCUAAAAAUGAUGACUUCUUAACAAACUAGGAUUGGCUGCGGUCUGUAGUGAGGGGCAAUGUAGUCUGCCCUCAAAUUUUCCGCAGAAUUCAUACUGCACUUGAAUGGACAAACUGGACAAAUCGUAUUCAUGUCGAAAUAAUUUGUAUACCAGUUGUGAGCAUAUUGACUUUUCUUAAUCCUAACAGACAAGAAAAUGAUAAUACCAGUCAAACAGUACAGUAUGCGAUUACGAUGUGGGAAUUCAGCAGAAAAUAGUGUAUGAUUUGUAAUCAUUCUUAAAAGAACUCAAAUCUCUAUGGUAUGGUGAAUUGCCAUUUAAGGUUUUGUGAUUCUCAUUCCCACCCGGCUCUCCCUAGUGCUAUGCAUGCUGGUCUCUGUAGUCCCUAUUCCACAGUGCCCUCCCACUAAAUGGUCAGCACAGUGUCUCGGUCCAUUACUCAAAGUGCACUGCAGUCCCUAUAUCAACCACAGAGCCCAGGGCCCACACCACCAUAACACUGAAACAUAACCUACAUGAUGGCUUUACAUCACUAACAUGUCCCCUGGGACGCAUACAACACUGCAUAUAAUAAAGCAUCCAUAUUCACAGGGCCAGUCAAGUAGCAGGUCAGCACACACACAGAAGGACAGACUAGGUCUGAGUCAGACCACAGAUAUGAUAAUAGCCUGGUUUAGUUUGAGCUAGAAAUGAUGCUGAUUUGUUUGGGAUAAAACAGAAUCAAUACAGAAUACAUUAUUGGGUCCGUUUCAUCUGUUGUUUUUUAAAGAGGAAAGAAAUCACUGAUGUAACAUGAAUAAAUCUAAAAGCCUGACAACAAUCAUUUUAACAAGUGGGUUUGAGCAGCAGCACCUGGUCUGGGUGGCAUGGAAAGCUCUGCAUUCCAGAGGUCUAUAUCAACACACUUUACUGGAACAGUAACCAGUUCUAACAAUGGGUCUGUUCAACACCUCGUAUAUCUAUUAGAACCAAACAGCUCUGUCUCGCUCUCUUUCUCCUAGUCUAAGGCACCAGCACCUCUCCUAUGGGGCAGUGUGCUCUAAUUAGACCCUGGGUCUGCUGGAGGGAUAGAUGUUUUCUGUGACAAGGGGAGAGCAACCGACAGAGACUAAUAUGGAGAGGGGAUACCAACUUUUGACUAUUCUCUCCGUCUGAGGCUCUGAUCCCACAACUUUAGCAAAGUGUUUAACAUACUGUCAGAGUGGCAAUCUGCUGUCGCCUGCCUGAUCCCCUCUCGCAAAGCUGUGGCGCUGUCCCCUUUUCCUGCCUGCAGAAUGCACAAGUCUAUCUGUGAUUCAAAUUAAAAAUAAGGGCAGGCGCUUGGAAAAUGUAAAUGUGACUGGAGGCAUGCAGGAUGGAGUGGAGUUGCCUUUGCUUUGAGGAGAAUGAGAUCUACACCAGUGCCUCUUGCUCUGCUUGUGACCUUCAUUGUUUGCCUCCUAUCUAAUAAGCUUAAACAAACCGCAGUGAAAUGUGAGUUGUGCGUCUGUUCAGUGUACUGCCGAACAUGUAGUCUCCCAGGCAGUCUCUGAAUGAGAGAGUGAGGGGGAUAGAGGCAGUAUCCUUGUAACAGGAAUCUUUUGAACUUUUGACUACAUUAUAGAAUUUAGCCUCUUGUGUAAAAUCCAGCUGCCUUUGGUUGGAGCAAGUCUCAUUAGGUACUUUGGUUUUAAAAUAAGAACUUUCAACAGUUCAAUUGGUUGCCUCAGACCUGUUUUCAUUGCUUUCGCUAUGUGCUAGGAGAAAGGCUUUGAAGAAGGGGAUUAGAACCAUGUGAUCAUUUUAAUUAGAUCAUUAGCAAAGAAUUAACAUCUAGGUUUGUAACCCUCAUUAACAAAAAAUACCAGUGUGUGCCAAGAUAGAUUUGUGUAUUACAUGAGAUGUUUUCGGAUUUGUCUGUUUUUCACCGUUCUUUCUGUGGGUUUUUUUCUUGGCUUUACAUUUUGUUCACUCCUCUGUUGCAUGAAGGCUAAGGAAGGUACGUUAAUCUUUGUCUGUAUUCUCUCUCUGUCUCUUCCAGGCUCUUUGGUACAACAGGGAACUGCGCUGCCUGCAGUAAACUGAUCCCAGCCUUUGAAAUGGUGAUGAGAGCCAGAGAUAAUGUUUACCAUUUGGACUGUUUUGCCUGUCAGCUUUGUAACCAGAGGUAAGGAGAGAGAUCACAACUGUGUCGAGAGAUUGCCUUUUUCAAAUAUGUAACGCUGUUCUGAAAUGGCCAUUAGCUCAAACUAGUUAGCCAUUUAUCGAAAAACCUGUCUCUUGAGGUGCGACAGAUCUGUUUUGGGGUCAGUAAAACUAAACCCAGACAUGUCUGUGUAAAUCCUGAUUUUGUCUGUCUUCCCAUUUUGAAAGCACACGUGCUGCAUUGCAAUAGCAACGCUCUGUUCAUUCUUUUCUAUGUUGACCCUGCCAUUAGUUUGUCCUUGUUUGUGUUUUGUGACUAGAAACAACUGGGAUUAUAAGCUUGAGGGGAACACAAUUCAAAAGUGAUACAGCUGCCAGACCAAUGCCAAGGCUAAUCACACUCACAACACUCAAUGCUUUAGUUGAAAGGUUCACUUUAAGCCACUGCAAUAGACCACCAAGAGGCCACUCUACGGGAACAUGCCUCACUAGUUUGGGUACCACACUACAGGGUAGUGGAAUUAAACAUUCACUCGGUCCUGACAGCUCCUCACCUGUGAGCUCUACACUAUGACAUCCAUACAUACUCUCCUCACAAUACGAUGCAACAAUUCCAUAACAUUACCACUGUGCAGCACAGAGAACACUCUGCUGUGAACAUGGGGUAUUGUGACCCUCUCCAUCCAUACCGCACAAGCACAUUAACCUUCCACAGGGAUGAGUCAGUAACCAUGGUGAGCACCUGGCUGGGGUAUGGGAAUGCUGGCUGCAGCCACUCUGCUCAGGGCCACACAUGGGGCCAGGCUUUACUGGCUCACUGAUACCACGGCCAUGGCCCCUCUGCCAGCCCUCAGCCUGCCCAACACAUUACUGUAGCCCAGCCUGAUAAGCAGCCCUGCCAUCAGUACGGCUGCUCUUAUCUUCACUCAUUCUUUCUAUGGAGCUGUGUGUCGUACAGUACAUAAGCACCGCCAUUUAAAAGGACAUCAGUGGGCCUACUUGGGUGUGCGUUUUUUCUUCAAUUGACUCGAAAUCUAGAGAGAAACAUUCAUGCACGUUGGCACCCAAACUGGCGUAUGGAAAGCUCGCCCUGUGGCAGGGUUUCCUUGGAAACCGGUGUGGUGCUUUUCUUGUUUGCCAAACCUGGGAGGGGACUGUGCUUUCAUUGGGUGCCAGUCCUCUUGUCCGCACGCUUUGAAAUGAUAGUUUUUUUUAUCUACUCGUAUUUGAAGCCACACCUUCACAGUGACCAUCAGAGGGGCCUUUGAAUCACACACAAGGAACAAUGGCAUUUGCAAACAAGCGACGUCGCCAAACGGGUACAAUCAAAGCCCAGAGAGCAGCAAUGGCCAUCGCCUUUAACUGCUGAUCUCAAUCAACCACAUUCUUCUCCCAGAGCAAUGCUAUCAUUAUCAGCCCGUCAACACAAAGCCCUCUGUCAUGUUGUCAGCUACUAAUCUCCUUUGUCUCCCCACGUUGUCCACCUUUUUAGUAAUGCUUUGCCUUUGUGUUUUCCUGGCUGGCAGGUUUUGUGUGGGGGACAAGUUUUUCCUUAAGAACAACAUGAUUCUGUGUCAGAUGGACUAUGAGGAGGGCCAGCUGAACGGCAGCUUUGAGACGCAGGUUCAAUAG